UCGUCCGAUCGUCAUACCGGGUUUCUGGGCCAUUCAGGCACCUGGUAAAUCAAAUCCCCGGCGGCCAAUCACAUUUUGUUUGAUGUCGCAACAUAACCCCAGAUCGCGGUAUUAGCUUCGCUGGGGGGAAAUUGUAGACCCCACGGGGUUCCCCCAUCCCGGGGCUUACGUACGGCGCGGAAAGCUGGAGAUGGUCGCGAGGCUUUCUACUUCAUACGUAUCAUAUUAUAAGAUGCUGGCCUCUUGCAUACCCUCCCUUUGAAUCUUGAUCACCGUUUGAGUCUACCUAAUCAGGAGUGUGAACAUCGCUUAGGUACCUACUUAUCGAUUGUGAUCUUAUCAGAGUCAUGGCGGACGAAGCCAAAGAUACCCAGGCGUCGCUAACCUCAAAGGUUCGCUUGAGUCACGACACCACGGGUAAGCGAGACCAUCAUGUAGGCCUCGACGACGCCGAUGGGCUCGAGCCUAGCCCGGAGACGUAUGCUGCUAUCAUGGCGACGCAUAAGCCAAAUCCUCGAGGUCCUGGUUACAUCAAACUUUACCUAUUAGCGGGAAUGGUUUUUCUCUGUUCGACCAUGAACGGGUUUGAUAGCUCAUUGAUGAGUUCAGUUAAUGCUCUCCCAAACUAUACGGAAUAUUUCGGGCUUCCGGCGAAUGGAGAUGCCUCGACAGGAAUCGUAUUCGCUAUAUUCCAAGUCGGUCAAAUGUGCGGCGCUCUUUUUAUUUGGAUGACUGAUUGGUACGGGCGAACGUGGCACAUAUUCUUCGGUUGCCUGGGCGUUUGCAUCGGGACUAUCAUCACGGCCCUGUCUACAAGUCUGCCAAUGUUCAUCGGCGGACGUUUUCUCCUAUCAUUCUUCGCGACAUGUGCGCAUACAGCGGCCCCUCUGUACCUUGUUGAGAUUUCACCAGCCGCAUAUCGAGGUACAAUUGCAGGAGCGUACAACACUUUUUAUAAUGUCGGGUCAAUUUUAGCUACGUCUUCCGUUUACGCUUGCCACCUCCACUUGUCAGAUAGUGGUGACCUCGACUGGCGUAUUCCUCUAUGGUUACAAAUGGUUUGUCCUGGGAUCGUGUGCUUUUUUAUCAAAUUCUUCCCAGAAUCCCCUCGAUAUCUUAUUGCGAACGAUCAAUACGAAAAAGCUAAGAAUAUUAUCACGACCUACCACACAAACGGGGAUCCCGACCAUCCUCUUGUUACCCUUCAAAUGAAAGAAAUGCUUGGAACUGUGCAAGGUGUACCCAAAGCUACUUGGAAAGACCUCCUUGAUCUCGGAGUACUUGUUGAAACUCGCUCAAGCCGAUAUAGAUUAAUGCUUAACGUUGCUUUCUCUUGGUUUGGCCAAUUUAGUGGAAAUAAUAUUAUUAGUUAUUACCUUCCUAUCAUGUUGAAUGGCGUCGGCAUCACUGAUACCAAUACGAAAUUAAUUCUUAACAUAGUCUAUUCCAUUAUUGGAUGGGUCUUCUCCGUCGCGGGCGCCCGCCUUCACGAUAUCGUAGGACGCCGUAAGAUGUUGCUGGGUAGCACUUUUGGGAUGACUAUCUGCCUUGCUCUGGUGGCUGCUGGUGCUGCUGGAAAAGUCGAGUACGGCAACAGCGCCGCCGCUACAAUGUCAAUUGUAUUCAUAUUUGUCUUUGGCGCUGUUUUUGCCACCGGUUAUACACCUAUGCAGCCCAUCUACCCGGCGGAAGUCGUAUCAAAUAAAAUGCGGGCCAAGGCAAUGGGGACUUUCAAGUUAACAGCCGGCGCCGCUGGCUUCUUGAACACUUUCGUCGGUCCGAUUGCCCUUAGUUCAAUAGGCUACUGGUUUUAUGUGUUCUUCGUAUUUUGGGAUACGUUUGAAAUGGCAUUCAUGUACUUUUUCUUCGUUGAAACUAAGGGAAUGACUCUUGAAGAGUUAGAUGUCAUAUUCGAGGCAAAGAAUCCGCGGAAGGCAAGUGUCGAAGCAAAGAAGACACAAAAGAGAAUCAUCAAAGAAGAAAAGGGGGCCGAACAGAUAAAUGUAUAAUAGACGCCUAUGCAGAAGAGACAUGCUAACCCUAGAGCGUAGAAACCGCUGAUUUGAAGAGUGUUUAUUGAUCUUACU